GGCGGACACGGGCCGGGCGAGCGCGACUGGGGGCGUAGCGCAGUGAGGGGGGUCCGGCUGUGUGGCAGCCCGUGAGGCGGUUCGCGGGGCCACACCCCGUGUGGAGACGGGGCGUCCGGCCGGCCCUUCUUGUCUCUGAGGGCGACCGCGCGAGGCCAGAAGCCCAUUUGGUCUCUGCAGUUUCCAGUGACCUUUUCCUCUUUCCUGUUGAAGGCAUUGACUACAUCAUUCAUUUGGUUGUUUUUCAUCGUUCUGCACAUCGCCUGAAGCAGGUCCACCAUGCCAUUGGUGACGAGGAACAUCGAGCCGAGGCACCUGUGCCGGCAGACGCUGCCCAGAGUGAGAAGCGAGCUGGAAUGCAUGACCAACAUCACCCUGGCAAAUGUCAUCCGACAGCUGGGCAGCCUGAGUAAAUAUGCAGAGGACAUUUUUGGAGAGCUCUUCACUCAGGCGAAAACCUUUGCUUCUCGGGUAAGCUCCCUUGCCGAGCGGGUCGACCGACUACAAGUUAAAGUCACUCAGCUGGAUCCCAAGGAAGAAGAAGUGUCGCUGCAAGGAAUCAACUCCCGAAAGGCCUUCCGAAGCUCUACUGUUCAAGACCAGAAGCUUUUUGACCGAAACUCCCUCCCAGUGCCGGUCUUAGAAACAUACAAUACCUGUGAUACUCCUCCCCCUCUCAACAAUCUCACUCCGUACAGGGAUGAUGGGAAAGAGGCACUCAAAUUCUACACCAACCCUUCGUACUUCUUUGAUCUUUGGAAGGAGAAGAUGCUGCAGGACACCAAGGAUAUCAUGAAAGAGAAGAGAAAGCAUAGGAAAGAAAAGAAAGAUAACCCAAACCGAGGGAAUGUAAACCCACGUAAAAUCAAGACCCGUAAAGAAGAAUGGGAGAAACUGAAGAUGGGACAAGAAUUUGUGGAAUCCAAAGAAAAGGGUUCAGGGUACUCACCCACCUUGGUGUACCAGAAUGGACGUGUGGGCUCGGUUGAAAACAUGGAUGCAGGCAGCUAUCCACCACCACCACCACAGGCUGACUCCACCUCUUCUCCUUCGCCUUCCUUCUCUGAGGACAACUUGCCGCCCCCACCAGCAGAAUUCAGUUACCCAGCAGACAACCAGAGAGGAUCUGGCUUGGCUGGACCCAAAAGAUCCAGCAUGGUCAGCCCAAGCCAUCCACCCCCAGCUCCACCUCUGGGCUCUCCGCCAGGCUCCAAACAUGGCUUUGCUCCACCACCCGCCCCUCCACCCCCGCCUCCCGUGGACAUCACAUCUCCUCCACCACCUGUGGGCUUUGGGUCUCCAGGCACCCCUCCCCCACCCCCACCCUCAUCUUUCCCACUUCACCCUGAUUUUGUUGCUCCUCCACCUCCUCCUCCACCACCAGCAGCUGACUACCCAGUACUGCCACCACCCCCCUUGUCCCAGCCAGCAGGUGGAGCCCCACCCCCUCCCCCUCCUCCCCCGCCCCCAGGACCACCUCCUCUCCCCUUCAGUGGUGGGGAUGGCCAACCGGCUAUACCACCACCGCCUUCGGAUGCCAUCAAGCCCAAGUCCUCCUUGCCUGCUGUGAGUGAUGCCCGUAGCGAUCUGCUUUCCGCCAUCCGUCAAGGUUUCCAGCUGCGCCGGGUUGAGGAGCAGCAGGAGCAAGAGAAGCGGGACGUCGUGGGCAAUGACGUGGCCACCAUCUUGUCCCGGCGCAUUGCUGUUGAGUACAGCGACUCAGAAGACGACUCCUCGGAGUUCGAUGAAGACGACUGGUCCGAUUAACUCUGUCUGCCACCCGCUCCUUUGUCUUUCCUUCCUACCUGCCGCCUUUGCCGCCUACCCCCACAGUCCCAGAGGCGGAAGGGGAGAAGAAAAGAAUUUUAAGGGGCCAGAGCUUUCCUUGAAGCAACCAAAGAUAUAUCCAAAUGCUUCCUCAAAAGGAACAUGGAUUUCCUGUCCCUGUUGUCAGGCACCAUGGGCCUCCUCAGCCACAGCCGCUGAGACACCCCUUGUCCUUGCAAGCUAUUGCUGCAUACUGAAAGGAAGGAAGACUCCUAAACCCUCCGCUUGGGUCCCGGCCGGAUGCGGUAUCUCCCCCUAAAAGCCAUUUCAGUCGUGCCUUGUCCCCAAAGCUUUGAAAAUGCCAGCCCUCUUUGGUCCUGAUCAGUGAGAGCAGCCUGCAUGGAUGCGGCCAGCCCCUCGCAUGCUCCCCUGGGAAGGCAGUGCAGUGUCCCAGCAGCCAGACUGGCUUUGGCCAAACCUUCCCUCUGCUGGCAUGCCCCAGGCCCAGGAGGUGUUAGCCCUCCUGAGUGGCUCCCCACCUCACCCCCAAAUGGCGCUUUUCUGAGGGCUGAGGUGUGCCUCCUCGCAGACUGCUCUGGGGAACAGGGUGUUCAGCUGUUCCCCUAAAUACCCUCCCCACUCCUCCCCCCAGGAGUCCUCAGGGAGCAUGGCCCAAUUCAAACCUCUAACAUGCGUGACCAAAGCAGCCCUGGCACAGGGAGCCAGGCCCAUGCCUGCUCUCAGGAGCAGAGCCGGGAGCUGGCACUGAAGGCCUGAGAGGGAAGGGACUUGUUCAAGGUCACCUGGCUGACCGGUGACAGAGCAAGAGCCUGAGUGCUUGAUUUCAAAUCGACUCUGCUUUCUGGGACCAAAUCACAGCCCAAGCUGGAGCCAGAGUGGAACAGUUCUGGCUCCAUAGCUACUCCAGACCUCAGCCUGGGGGGUCAGAGAGGGCCCCCUGCCCCCAUCACCGCUCAGCUCCUUAUAACCUUGCCUCUAAUCCUCUGUUGCCCCUUUCCAUCACCCCCUCACCACGUAACCUUGAGAGCGGCCCUUGUUGGGGCCAAGAGCAGUGGGAAGGAAGGGGCCGGCAGCUUUGGCAGGUGCUGUUUUCAAUUCCUCUGCAGCUCCUCCCCCUCUUCCUUCCCCCGUUUAAGCCUAGACUCUGCCAACUGUAGAAACUUGGGUCCUUCAGGCUGGCAGCCACAGCAGGUCCCUGCGGGGUAGGCAUGGGGGCGGGGGCUCUGGCAGCUGGGAAGAUGCUGGGAGGCAGAGGGGCGUGAUGAGGUCCAUUUCUCAGCACCCCUCACUGCGUGGCAAGGUUCCCUACGCUGCUCCCUGCUGUGCCCAGAGCUCAUACACAGGUGCUAUUAUUCGGUGGGGAAGGGGGGAAGCUGGUCAGCUCUGACCCUCAGCGAGGUUUCUUCUCUCUGCCCUAACUAUUGUGUAGCCUCUUCUGCCGAAAUCGGCUGCUCCUGGCUUCUUGGGCUUUCAGAGCCCUGAAACAAAGAAAAACAGGAUCUGUCUCUACCCAGCACAGCAAAUGGUUGUAGUAAUUGCCAGAGCCCUCGUAAACCCCUCCGGCUCGAGGAGAGUGUGUAUAAUCUCGGGUACUGCCGCUGUCUGCCUCCCCUCCACCUGCCUGCCUUGAACUUGGGGCAUGGGGCUAAGCCUGGAGAUGCAAGCAGGCGCCCUAGCUGCAACCAGUCUCAGGCCAGGUAUCCAUGGCACGGGGCAGGCGCCCAGUUCCACUCUCAGCAUACCGUGCCACCUCUUCCCAUCUCCCAUCCUGCUUUGCAUUGGGACCCUAAAAUGGCCGAUGAAGGGGCCUCUGCCACAACCCUCUUUCCAGCAGCGGCUGGAAAGGCAGGCAGGGCAGUGGUUCUUCCAGAUAGGAGUCCUGGGGCCUGGCCAGGCCAGGGCUUGGGCCUAAUGGCUCUGACUAAAUUACCCCCAUCCUCCUCCUUUCCGGAAAAGGGGGAGCCAGAGCUGCUCACAGUCAUUCUGCUGUGACCUUGAAGGGGGCGGUGUUGGCCUGGCUUCUGGAAUGGACAGAGUCCACCGUGGAGAGGGCCAGGGGCAGGAGGAGGUGGGGAGGGGCCCUGCCCGCGGAAGGUAGGAUUAGAUCAUUAGCUCAGUGACCUCCUAGGGUUUCGAUGUGCUGUGUUCUCAUCCUACAGCUGCUUUGGUAAUGAUCUGCAAGUCCCGGAGAGCAACAGCACAGCUCUGCCUGGCGCUCUCAUUAAAAUCUAUGCAGCCAAGCUCGGCGCUUUGUAGCAGCCGGCCUUGCGAAGCCUUCUCAGCUCGGGGGGCUGGGGACCCAGUCAGCCAAGGGGCCCUCUGGGCUCUACUUAUGCAUAUGUACACCAAAAAAAGAUGCUUCUUUAAACCCAGAGCCCUUUAAGAUGAUAAAGGACCCAGUGCAGGUAGUCAUCGUGUGUUUUUGGAAUCCUGUAAUUGUAGAAUGCAAAGUUUAGUGGUUAUUUAAACUGGGCCAGUGUUGGUAAGAGUGUGAAUCAAUGGCCCAUAAGGACUCUUCAGGGGCGAAGCUGAGGAGCCACCACCCUCCCUGGGCUGCCCGACCCAGGGGGGCUGCCCUCAUUCCCGCGGCCCAAGGGUCCAGCUUCCCGGCGACAGUGUCAGGAGUGACUUGUGGCUUUUCCUUGGCUAUGAGAUGAUUUCAUUCCAAAGGAGCAGGGGGGGAGGGGGGCAGGGACAGCUCGGUGAUCCCUGGGAGGCUCCGAGCAGCUGGCCCAAGCUCCAGCUUCCUCCAGUGGAAGCUCGAGUGCCCUCAGAAACGACCCUGGCCAAUGUCACCGCAGAGCCAGGGCAGCGUUGUCAGAGCUAAUGUGAAAUCUCUUCCCGUGGCGCCGAUCCUCUGACUUGCAGCGCCAGCUUGGACAGAUUGAGGUCUCUGUGGCUCCGGUGACCCUGCUUGAGCAUUCCCACCGUGUCCAGCUCUGCUACAGCACCGCCUCCCGUCACCACCCCCACCUGACCCCAGGGCCCAGGCCAGGCUGGGGAUGGGGGCUUCCCCGGGGGGCCAGGCUAGAGACCAGCUAACCUGUUGGGACCAGAUGUUGUGCAGAAAUGUUUCUCACUCUGUGCCUGCUGCCACGUUCACUUGGACAGUGCGUCAGUGAGGGCUAGGGAACAAUUUUGUUAUUGUAUUAACUUUAUCCAGCUAAUUCACUUGAGAAACUAACCAAUUUUUACUUUCUGUCUAGAAUGAUGUACAUGUAGGAGAGUAAGCCGUAACGCUCCCAAAGUGCCUUGUUUUCUCUGAUAUAAAUAUAUUUAUAAGGACAUAUUCCAGUGGGUUUCUGGGCGUGUUCGCCAUGUUGAGAUUUUAGGGAGAAAGUGCCCGCGGAGAGGGGCCUCCCGAUUGCCAGCAGGCCCCUCCCUCCUGCGCAGAGAGGAAGGUGGAAGACACCUGGAGACUUGGGGCAAGGCUAGACCCCUGCCCGACCCUUCCUUCUCCUGCCCGGUUCUUCUCAGACCCUCAGAAGGUCGACCGGGUCUCUGCUCUCAUUUCCUCCCCACGAGGCUCAUGCGUGUACCGCAUUUGUGCCCCAGUGACCUGCAGGUUCCGCGGAACCAUUUUCUGUAUGCACAUGAGUCCUGAAAUGCCAACGUUGAAAAUCAUCUGAUAAAGUCUUUGUAGCCACUCA